AUGACGUCAAGCACCCGGGGACGUCAAGCACCCGAGGAUGUCAAGCACCCGAGGACGUCAAGCACCCGGGAACGUCAAGCACCCGAGGACGUCAAGCACACGAGGACGUCAAGCACACGGGGACGUCAAGCACCCGAGGACGUCAAGCACACGAGGACGUCAAGCACCCGAGGACGUCAAGCACACGGGGACGUCAAGCACCCGAGCACGUCAAGCACACGAGGACGUCAAGCACACGAGGACGACAAGGACACGAGGACGACAAGCACACGAGGACGACAAGCACACGAGGACGACAAGCACACGUGGACGACAAGCACCCGAGGACGUCAAGCACACGAGGACGUCAAGCACACGAUGACGACAAGCACACGAGGACGACAAGCACACGAGGACGACAAGCACACGAGGACGACAAGCACACGAGGACGACAAGCACACGAGGACGACAAGCACACGAGGACGACAAGCACACGAGGACGACAAGCACACGUGGACGACAAGCACACGAGGACGACAAGCACGCGAGGACAAGCACACGAGGACGACAAGCACACGAGGACGACAAGCACACGAGGACGACAAGCACACGUGGACGUCAAGCACACGAGGACGACAAGCACACGAGGACGACAAGCACACGAGGACGACAAGCACACGAGGACGACAAGCACACGAGGAAGACAAGCACACGAGGACGACAAGCACACGAGGACGACAAGCACACGUGGACGUCAAGCACACGAUGACGACAAGCACACGAGGACGACAAGCACACGAGGACGACAAGCACACGAGGACGACAAGCACACGAGGACGACAAGCACCCGAGGACGUCAAGCACACGAGGACGUCAAGCACACGAGUGUUGUAAUCCACAAGUUACAUUUUCUUCGUAAAUUGAAUAUAAUGUUGAGGAAUGCUCAGUAUAAAGCUUUUAAUGCUUCUUAUGCUAGUGAAAACUUAAUUAACUCAGUAACUGUACGUGAAAAGGGUCAUAAGAUUAACGCGUUGUUUGUGAUAAAGAGUUUAAGCGCCGUUGAGGUUGUCAAGAGCAAUGCCUUAGAGGCGCAUAAGAACGGUGUUGUAAUGGUGUAA